GGACGCCGGAGGUCACCCCCGGGGGUGGGGAGCGGAGCCGCGGGUCAGCUCUGCGAGCGCCCCGUGCUGGCCUGGCCGGCCCCGCCCCCGCCCCGGGCCAUGGCCCAGCCCUUGUCCCGGCCCCUCAUCCUAUCCCAAUCUCAGCCUUGGUCUCCGGUCACGCCCUCGCCCGGGUCCCCAAACCUGCCCAAGCCCCGGCCAGUGUCCCAACGAAUGCCCAGGUCCAGGUCCCCGCUCCAACCCCAGUCCCAGUCCCUGGCCUGGCCGCUGUCUCCGCCUUGGCCCUUGUUCCCAGCCCAGCAUCUGACCCUGUCCGGUUCCCAGCGUUUGCUCAAACCCUUAGCCCAACCCCAGCCUUUGUACCCGUCCCCAUCCCAUCCACUCCCUCCAUCACACCUCCUGCCCUUGUGUGAGCCCCAGUGCUCAGUCCAGCGCAACUCAACAUUUCAGCCCCUGCCCCCGUCUCUGUGUUUGCCCAAGUCUAUUCCACUGGCCCCCCGCCUCUCUCAUACUCUGCCCCUCUCCCAGCCUCGACUCAGGUCUGGGCUCCAGCUGCCGCCAGCCCUACUGCUGCUGUUGCUGUUUUCUGUCCUUGGUCCAGUGGCUGGAGGCCUUUUCCUGACUGACUACUCUACCUGCUCACCUCGCAAGCUCAGCCCAUUUCGCUCCUUUGCCAGCACCGAGCUCUUCCACUUCCACGUCCCCGAAGACACCCUCCUGGCUGUUUGGAACCUCAUCAUCUUCAAGGAGCAGGGAGGGACCUUUGGGGACCACUGCCCAGAUCAAAGUGUGACUGUGUAUUUCCGGUCUGGAGCGCCUCCUGUCAUCAAUCCCCUGCGCACACACUUCCCAGCAGAUACAGUCGUGCCUGGGGUCUUCUCUCUGACCCUCAGCUGGACACUGCCCAACAGAACCUCAGGCAUCUUUAACGUCAGCAGCCCCUUACCUGGGGACUGGUUCUUGGCUGCCCACCUCCCCCAAGCCCAUGGCCACAUCUCUGUCAAGGGUCUCCAGGAUGAAUGUCAGUACCUCCUUCAGCCACAGCUGAUAGUCCGACGUCUGCUGGAUGUGGCUGUACUGGUUCCUGGCCGUCCCUCAGAGCAAACUCUCUCCUCCCACAACCGUUCAGCCUUGUACAAGGUCUUUGUGCCCAGCUUUACUUACAGGGUUUCGGCACAGCUGGUGUGUGUAGGGGGCCGAGGGACAUCUGUCUGCCCCCUGACACUGCGCCUACGUCCCAAGGCGCCACCCCUACACAACUCAAGCUCUGUGGCCUGUGGAGGUGCCUCAGAAUGCCAGCUGGAGUUGGCCUUGCCCCCUUGGGGGCACUGGGUCUAUGUGCGCGUGGAGACACCAUCCCGUGGCUCUGGCCGGACCAUCCGCUUCCAGCUGUGUGUAAGGUUACAAGAGUGUCCACAACCCAGCCUGUCCCGUGCCUUGGUCCCUGGGGCUGCCAUGAACAUGCCCCAGUCCCUGGGCAGCCAGCCGGUGCCCCCGGAGCCACCAUCCCUGGGGACUCCUGUGGAAGGCUCUGGAGCUGUAUUGCCACCUGAGCACUGCUGGCCCGUGCGCCCAACUCUGCGCAAUGAGCUGGAUACCUUCUCUGUCCACUUCUACAUCUUCUUUGGCCCCAGUGUGGCCCUUCCACCUGAGCGCCCGGCUGUGUUUGCCCUGAGGCUGUUGCCAGUGCUGGACAGUGGAGGCACCCUUAGUCUGGAGCUGCAGCUCAAUGUGAGCUCACUGCGCCAGGAAAAUGUAACAGUGUUCGGAUGCCUGACUCACGAGGUGCCCUUGAGCCUGGGGGACGCUGCCAUGACCUGUUCCAAAGAGUCCCUGGCAGGUUUCCUCCUCUCAGUCAGCGUCACCUCCAGAGUGGCCAGGCUGCGAAUCCCAUUCCCACAGACGGGGACCUGGUUCCUGACUCUUCGCUCUCUGUGCGGGGUAGGACCUCGGUUUGUGCGGUGCCGCAAUGCGACGGCUGAAGUGCGGCUGCGCACCUUCCUGUCCCCAUGUGUGGAUGACUGUGGGCCCUAUGGCCAGUGCAAGCUGCUGCGCACCCACAACUACCUGUACGCGGCCUGCGAGUGCAAGGCUGGGUGGCGGGGCUGGGGCUGUACGGACAGCUCGGAUGCGCUCACCUAUGGAUUCCAGCUGCUGUCCACACUUCUCCUCUGCCUGAGCAACCUCAUGUUCCUGCCACCUGUGGUCUUGGCCAUUCGGAGCCGAUAUGUUCUAGAAGCCGCCGUCUACACCUUCACCAUGUUCUUCUCCACGUUCUACCAUGCCUGUGACCAGCCAGGCAUCGUGGUGUUCUGCAUCAUGGACUACGAUGUCCUUCAGUUCUGUGAUUUCCUGGGCUCCCUAAUGUCCGUGUGGGUCACAGUCAUCGCCAUGGCUCGUCUGCAGCCUGUGAUCAAGCAGGUGCUGUAUUUGCUGGGGGCUAUGCUGCUGUCCAUGGCUCUGCAGCUUGACCGCCAUGGACUUUGGAACCUGCUUGGGCCCAGUCUCUUUGCCCUCGGGAUCUUGGCCACAGCUUGGACAGUUCGCAGCGUCCGGCGCCGGCACUGUUACCCGCCAACAUGGCGCCGCUGGCUCUUCUACCUGUGCCCGGGCAGUCUUAUUGCUGGCAGUGCUGUCCUACUGUAUGCUUUCGUGGAGACCCGGAACAACUACUUCUACAUCCAUAGUAUCUGGCAUAUGCUCAUUGCUGGCAGUGUGGGCUUCCUGCUGCCUCCUCGUGCCAAGACUGACCGCCGGGUGACAUCUGGAGCUCGGGCCCGGGGCUGCGGUUACCAGCUGUGCAUCAACGAACAGGAGGAGCUGGGCCUCGUGGGCCCAGGAGGGGCCACUGUCAGCAGCAUCUGUGCUAGCUGAGAGGGGCUUUGGGCCAGGCUCCUAGGGGUUGUAAGCCCUACUUGGGGCUCCUCCUGGGGCUGGGGAGCCCUCCUAGCACCAAGGGACAAGUUGUGUUUCUUAAAGACACGCAAUCUUUCUCAAGGAUGACUGUUUUCAGGGACCAGGAGGAGAAUUUCUUGAGAGCCUAGAGUCCUCCUGUGUUUAUGGAGUCCUUCUCAAGGUUGAGCUAUGCAGGCCACUGAGCCCCUAAGGACCAAGAUGUCCCCAAGGGUGUGGAGCCCUUCCCAGGGAUAGGGAGCCCUUCUGUAGAUGCGAGAUCCUCCCCAAGGAGACACGUUUUCAUUUGGAACGUGCCAUCAGUACAGAGGGAAAAAGGAGUCCCCAUUGCAGAAACAAGGCACCAGGUUUUCCCAGUGGCUCAGCAACACUGGCCUUGGGCUGCUGUGCUGGGCAGAAGGGCUGCAAGAGAGGCAAAGCUAGGACCGCUAGGCGGCUGGUGUCCUGGUGUGGCACAGGUGGAGCCUGGUGUCUCCAAUGAAGUAUGUGCUGAUUCUCUGCUGCCUUUGUUUCCCUAGUGGGGCCAGGGUGUGGGGAAACGGAGGGAAAGAGGGAUACUGGGGAAAUGGUGAACGAGAAGGGGACAUUCCUGAAGAUGCUGGAAGCUACUGUCUAUGCCCUAUGGUUUGCACCCUGCAUCCUCCCUGCUGGUCCCAUGUUUAAUUCCAAAUACUCCCUCAGGCCCAUUUCCCUAUUGCUAUGGCUCCUAGUCUGCAGUAGUGAAGAGGUGUGUGCAUGCGUGCAUGCCUGUGCUUGCUGUGUCUAUACAGAGGCAGGCUUGCCCCAUGACGCCUACACCCACAGAGAAGGAAGCCAAGGUGCCAGGAAAUAGAGUAAAUCUCAAAUGUACAAGGCAUCAUAAGAACGGAGCUACUAUUUUAAGCUUCCAUUUUUUUUGUGCAUGCCAGAAAUAAUCUUGUAUGAAUUGAGAGUUCCUUUCUUAUCGUGUGUGUGGUUGCGUGCAAGAAGAGAGAGAGAGAGAGAGAGA